GAUUGUAACUGGGUAGCCUCCUCAUCUCAGCCAAUGUCUUUUGCUAUGUAAAGCUUUUUCUGCACUUCUUCUUCUUCUUCUUCGACACGCAAUUUCGAGCGCUGUCAAAUUUCGGCGAAAAGCCGGCUUUCUCCUCGGUAACAUUCCCGUCCUCAAAUUUUGAAGUUCAAACUUCGUCCCGCUGAAAUUUCGGCCCCAGGUUUCCGAUACUGAAAUUUCGUGGCCAACACGGUGGUUGUGGGCUAAAUACCCUGCUCCGACCCUCUCCGGACCCCAGUUUCUUCUCUUUGAGCUCCGAAGUCGCCGAAAUUUUGGACCGAAGAAGAAGUUUGAGCCCCGGCGUUAGGGUUUUGCUCAGUGGCUAACUGCUCAGCCAACAGCACUGGUUCAGAAAGGAGUGUUACAGUGAUCAGAAAGGGGAAGGCUUGUAUCCGAGGUCGUUUCUCUCUCUAAAUGACACAUUUGGAAUUUUGAAGGCUCGCUCAAACGUUCAAUUUACAGAGUACUCUGUAGACAAGGAGUGUACUCUUCUUGCAGUACUCUGUACACAUGACAUGUGCUUUUAUACCCGAUGGGACGCUACCCAGUUGUUAGAAGACAAAAGGACGAUUUGGCCCUUUGCUCCUUACGUCAAAUUAAAACGAUCCACUUUUGGGAGACUCAAAAACUUGAAAAGAACGUGACAAAACGCAUACCUAACUAGUGUCUGGUUUCAAAUGGAUGGUGAUCUUCGCCGUCAGUUGACACAAGGGGAGCUCUGGACCGUUGGAUCUGUGGCCCCAUGUCCUGAUAUCUGUAUUCGACACCUACCACUUUAGAUCGGUUUGAGAGUAAAUAUGUUAAGGUGUUCUUCUAUGACCUCUGGGAGAGAUGGCAUGCAAAUCUCUACUAUGUCUUCAUGGCUUCAAUCUACAAUUGCGGAUGUUGAAGGGAGGAUGCGGGCCGUAUUAAAGUCCCAGGCUGAACAAGAGACGUUCAACUCUUUUGCCCAACGCGCGGAAACUUAUUACGAAAGCAGGCCCCAGCUCGUUUCCCUUCUUUAUGACCUCCACCAAAACUUUCUCUCUCUAGCUGAGCGUUUCUCCCACCUCAAAAAUUUCGGCGAAAUCAAAGCCGAGAACGAAAUCGAGUCCGAUGCCGAAAGUUCCAUCUCUUUUCAGCACUCCCAAGAAACUGACCAAUUCCAAUACCACCCCUACAAGUCCCCCCUAAAAGUCGCUGCUGCCCCAUGUUACGACACGGGCAUUCUCGUAACUGAGCUCGUCAUGGCAACUGUAGAGAGAGAAAUUAUAUUGGAUGAAAUGAAGCAAACCAACCAAUCCCUGAAAGACACGUCCAAGAAGAUUGAUUUGCAAAAGAGCCUUCUAGAAGUUCUGGAGUCGGAGCGUCUUGUUUUAUUGACAGAAAACGGGAAACUGGCCUACCAAAUAACGGCCGUUACGGAAGAGAACCGAAGGGUAAUAUCGGAAAACAAGUUUCUGAGCCAGAAGGCUACUGAGCUCGCCAGGUGCGUUGUGAGGAUGAGAAAUGACCACACGGUCUGCGUGCUGGGUCGGAAAAUGGAGGAGCUUCAGGGGCAAAUCCGUAAUUUAGAGAAGCAGAAUAAGGAGCACUUUGGGAGGCUAGUAGACUCUGGUGGGUCAAAGCCCGACACGCUGAGGGAGCUGGUGGGCUCGGUUGGGCGUGAGCCCACCAAGUCGCGGUACUUGGGAAAGGUCAGGAUGUUCAAGUUUUUAGGGUGUGGCUUCGGUUCGUGUGGCUGCGCGGUUGAGUAGUGAGUUGGCUGUAAGCUGUACCUGUAUUGGAAGUGACUUAUUUACCCUUCGUCUUUUUGUCGAAAUAUCCAAAAUACGCUUUGGAUGUAGAGAUGUUGCAUUUUUUGAAGGUGUCCGCACUGUCGACGUUGUGGGCAUUAUUUUAGAACUAAGAAAUUUAAGAGUUGGACCACCGUGUCCGAGCUCCCUUGGGACCGAACCAAUUCCGGAA